UGGCGGCUUGGACUGAGGGGGGCUGAGCGUAGGCAUCAAUAAGACCACUAAGGGGGAGUUUUCUACUUGUAAAAUGCAUGAAAAGCCUCCAAAAAUUCCCGGUGACUUCAGAUCCAAGGAGGUGGUCAUAUCCAUCGGAGCACCAUUCAUACUCUAGAACUUUCACUUCGAGUAGGACUGCGGCUUCAGACAAAAUCCCAUUGUUGCCUGCGCGCGCUCUUAACAUGAACUCACAGAUGGAUUAAAACGUAUCUGACAUAAACCUGUUUUUGUAAGUAACCUAUAGGUAAGCUUUACAUUUUCAAUUUUCGUAGAAUAUGCGAAAGUUGUGAAUUGGUUUAAGAUAUUGAAUCCAUCCUGCGUAAUGCUUACCUGGACAUUAUGAAGAGACAUCAAAGCAUUUUGCAUGCUUGGGAAAAGAUACAGUAUUGCUGAAACUUUCUGUUCGCCUCCAUUCAACCACUCGAUAUUGCUUGUGGCUAUCGACACGACUGAAUCUUGAGUGACCAGCCUACACGCAGCAGCAAUUACAUUUUUGACACAAAUAUGGACCGUUUAUGGAUUGCAGUUUUAGUGGUUCUAACCAUUGCACUAGUACGAAUGUGUGACUGCCAGAAGGACUCAACAGGUGGUAGACAGGAGAUGUGGGAGCAGCUCCGGGAGCUAGCGAGGAGCCAAGGUCACUCCGCAGUGGGAGCUAAGGACGCUGUCCCCGCCAUACCAUCCAGAGAAAGCUCGCUCAGUUUCUCUCAUAAUGUCUCGCACUCCGGUCGCGGGGCUCCGGUGAGCUCCUCAUCUCAACGAGAUAACAGGCACGCGACGGCAAUUAAACCAGUUCCAGCUCCCAGUACGGAAGCUUCCCUCCGGGCGGAUGAUGCCACCGUCCCACGAGAUGCUGCGCGUAGGGCCGCGACACAGCUCGGCACCCAUCACUCAUCACAGCAAAGACCCCGAAACAGUUCCAGACAGAGCAACAAACCCAGCUCAACGCAUACCAGGCGCCUUGCAGGGCCUAAUGUAUGUGGAGGUCACCAGUGCUGCUCUGGAUGGGCUGUGGCUUCUGGGACCAACCGCUGCAUAAAGCCCGACUGUCAGCCCCCCUGCCAUAACCGCGGCUCCUGCAGUAGGCCCCACACAUGUGUGUGCCGCUCGGGGUUCCAGGGGGCCCGCUGCGAGGAGGCAGCACCAGAGCAGGUGUACAUCCACACCGGAGGGUCCCUGAGGCGGAUCCAGCCAGGCACUAACCCCUUCCAGAGAGAGCAGCCCAGGAGGAGACCUACAGAGAGGCAGGCCAUAGACAACCCCAGCCCCAGGGCCCAGACAAUCAAACCUGAUACCACCAGACAACCUCUUCAACCUGUGACCCAGGUGAGGCGAGGACCAGCCGACUCAUCGUCUCCUCAGCAGACUGGGACGUCUCGCACCGUCAAGCGAUACCCAUCGUCCACUGGCCCCAUCACAUCCAACGCUCUGCCUAAUGGAAACGGACAUGACAUUGGGAACGGCAAUGGACACUCAAGUAACGGCCACAGACCCACCAAUGGCCACGCCAGCAAUGCAGUGGCGCCAGCAGGGGCCAACCUCACUUCCAACCUUGACCGCAUCAAGAUUGUCUUCACCCCCAUGGUGUGUCGGAGGGUGUGCAGCGGCGGCCGCUGCUACAACAGCUGUGAGAAGGGUGACACCACCACCGUCUACAGUGAGAACCAGCAGCACCAGCCACCCAAGACCCAGGGCUUCAGACUCUUCUUCUGUCAGAUCCCCUGUCUGAACGGCGGGCGCUGCAUUGGCAGGGACCAGUGCUGGUGCCCAACAAACUCCACGGGGAAGUUCUGCCACCUCCCAGCCCCCACUCCUGCCCGACCCACCCCCAGCAGGAAGGACGGCAGCCUGGCCGGACGCAACUCGUCCUCCCACUCCAUGUACACCCUGCCGCUGUCCAAUCAACAAGCCUCUCUACACCCGUCCAUGGUGAAUGUCCACAUCCAGCACCCCCACGAGGCUGAGGUGCAGAUCCACCAGGUAGCCCGGGUCAAGCCUGGCCAGAGACCCCCCGCGGCUGAGGGGGCUCACUCUGUACAGCAGCGCUCCCAACCUGGCAAUAGCAUCGGAAAUGGGCAUGGGCACACCAGACCACACAACCGACAGAACGGCUACGUGGGGAGGUGCUUCCAAGAGACCGUUGAUGGACAGUGUGGGAAGCCUCUUCCUGGCCUGACCAAACAGGAUGACUGCUGUGGAAGUGUGGGUGCCUCAUGGGGCCUGAACAAGUGCACAGAGUGUCCAACCAAACCAGCGUAUGCAGUGAUUGCGAACGGGCAAGUGGAAUGCCCCAAGGGUUACAAAAGGAUGAACAUGACUCAUUGUCAAGACAUCAACGAGUGUCUGAUGAACGGGAUCUGUAAGAACGCCGAGUGUCUGAAUACCAGAGGAAGCUACAGAUGCACCUGUAAACCAGGCUACAUGCUGGACCCUGCCAGGAGCCACUGUGUCUCGGACAAGGCUGUGUCGGACCAGAGGGGGAUGUGUUACCGCUCAGCGUCAGUGGGGACCUGCUCUCUGCCUCUCGCUCAGCACAUUACCAAACAGAUCUGCUGCUGCAGCCGUGUGGGCAAGGCCUGGGGCACGGCCUGCGAGAGGUGCCCUCUGCCAGACACAGACCAUUUCAAGGAGAUCUGUCCCGCUGGCCACGGCUACACAUACUCGCGCUCCGACGUGCAGAUCUCCCUGAGACAGCUGGAGGAAGAGGAGCUGAGGAGGACUGGCGUUUCCUGGGAGGCCCAAAACCCUAGCCACCCCCAACUGCCCCAGCAGCCAGCUCAGCCCCCGCAGCAGCUGCCCCACGUCCCACAGACCCCACAGAUCCCACAGUACCCCUACCACCGCCAACCACAUCAACCACAGCAUCCACAACACCCCCACCAACCACAACACCCACAACACCCACAGGAGAUACCCCACCACCCCCAGACCCCACGGUACCCUCAUCAAUCCCACAAACCCCACCAUCCACAGCACCCUCAAGAGGUCCCCCAGACGCCCCAGAUCCCCCAGUACCCUCACACCUCCCAACAACCACAACACCCUCUCCUUCCAGACCCAGACACCCAGCAUCCAGCUGGGGAGACCCCCAGCCAGCCUCAAGAUGUGGAAAUAUUCAACCCGCGUCCUGUUGCGACUGACUCCCCAUUGAAGUACCCAGAUGUGGUAGAGAAAGUGACUCCUGACUCUCCCAUCAACCUGGGGCCUGAAUCUGAGGGCAAGGACACAGCCUCCAUCAAUGUGGCCACUCAGGUCACAGAUAUUGACAAGUGCUCCAUCACUCCAACCAUAUGUGGCCAUGGGCUGUGUGUGCCAGUGCAGACAGGCUACACCUGCUACUGUGACCCCGGCUACAAGCUGAGCGCACUCCAGACCAACUGCAUCGAUGUGAAUGAGUGUGAGGGGGACCCUUGUGGAGGGAAGGGCCGUUGUGUGAACACCUUUGGCUCCUACACCUGCCAAUGCUACAGCGGCUACAGCCAGGUCAUCACCCAGAACAGGAAGUUCUGCCAGGAUAUAAAUGAGUGUGACAUGGCCAACAAGUGCCAGGAUGGUGACUGUGUCAACACAGAGGGAUCUUACACCUGUGAAUGCAAGAGUGGCUACGCCAAGUCCUGGAAAGGGCAGUGUGAAGACGUAAAUGAGUGCCAGGGCCCCAGCUCGUGCCCCAGUGGAAGGUGUGUCAACACCCCAGGCUCCUUCCAGUGCCAGGCCUGUGGCCCCGGGUUCAGGGCUGCCAGCGGGAGAUGUCUGGAUGUCAACGAGUGUUUGGACCAAUCGGUGUGCGCCCACGGUAGGUGUGUCAACUCCGAGGGCUCCUACAGCUGCAGCUGUUACCAAGGAUACCGGGCCUCUCUGGACAACAGCAGUUGCCAAGAUGUGGAUGAGUGUCUGCUCCCUGGAGCCUGUCUCCAUGGCAGGUGUGUCAAUCUGGAUGGCUCCCACAGGUGCAGCUGUAACCCUGGUUACCAAAGCGCUCCAGACGGCAGGGCCUGUGAAGAUGUUGACGAAUGUGCUACACCUGUGUGCCCCGCGGGAAUUUGCACCAAUUCCGAAGGUUCCUACUCAUGCGAGAACUGCCGACCUGGAUUCCAGCGCUCAGCGGAUGGACAGAGAUGUGAAGAUGUGGAUGAGUGCUCCAAGGCAGACAUGUGUCUGGGAGGGGUGUGUGCCAACACAGAGGGCUCCUUCACCUGCACCCGCUGUAAAGACGGAUACAGGGUGUCCCAGGACAGGCAGAGGUGUGAGGAUAUUGAUGAGUGCCGGUCUGGGUCUGUGUGUGCUAACGGGAUCUGUCUGAACUCUGAGGGCUCCUUCUCUUGCAUCACCUGUCCCUCAGGCUACAGCGUCUCCCUAGAUGGAGAGCUGUGUGAAGAUAUUGAUGAGUGUGAGCUGCCCACUACGUGCCCCAGGGGAACAUGCACCAACACUGAGGGUUCCUUCACCUGCACCACCUGUGGGUCAGGCUAUAGAGUGACUGAGGAUGGGCUGGAGUGUGAUGAUGUGGAUGAGUGCUUGGUGGCUAACGUGUGCCCAGGCCAGCUGUGUAGGAACAGUCCCGGAUCCUUCUCCUGCAGCAGCUGUGGGACUGGCUUUACCCUGUCUGAGGAUGGCUCCCACUGCCAGGACAUAAAUGAGUGCCUGUCCCCAGGGGUCUGUCCCAUGGGCGUUUGCAGCAACACAGAGGGCUCCUACUCCUGUAUGACCUGUGACCUUGGCUUCACGCUGGCGCCCAAUGGGCUCACCUGUGAAGACAUCAACGAGUGUGAGGACCACGGUCUGUGUCUGGCAGGACAGUGUACCAACAACCCUGGUUCAUACAGCUGCUCCUGUCCCCCGGGCCUGGAGAUGGUGGACGGGACAUCUUGCAGAGAUGUGGAUGAGUGUCAGUCUGGGGGGAUCUGUGGAGAUGGGGACUGUCUAAACACAGUGGGUUCCUACCUCUGCAAAUGUCCUGAUGGAUACACCACAGGCACCACAGAUGGAAUUGGCUGCCAAGAUGUUGAUGAGUGCAGCAAGGAUGGCGUGUGCUCCCAUGGUCAGUGUCUAAACAAGGCUGGCUCCUACAUCUGCCUUUGUGAGGCUGGCUUCAAGUACUCUACAGACACAGCCGACUGUGAGGAUCAGAAUGAGUGUAAGGAGUUUGGUAGCUCAGUGUGUGGCACCUGGCGCUGUGAGAACACCAUUGGCUCAUACCGAUGCUUCAUGGGCUGCCAGCCUGGCCUGUACGGACAGGACAACCCAGACUGUGAUAUUGAUGAGUGUGUGAAUGAGACCAUCUGUGGGGACCAUGGCUUCUGUGAGAACACAGAUGGCUCCUACCGUUGUCAGUGUGACCAGGGCUACAGCAACCCCCCUGGUGAUGCCGGGGCCCAUAGCUGUGUGGACGUGAACGAGUGUGAGAUGAGCACGGCGCUGUGUGGAGAGGCCCUGUGUGAGAACGUGGACGGCAGCUUCCUGUGCAUCUGCCCCAGCGACAAUGAGGAAUUUGAUCCCAUCACCAGCCAGUGCCGCCUGCAGGGUGAAGAUGCUCCUCCUAAGCCAGCCUCACCCACUGAGGAACAGAGGAAGGAGUGUUACUACAACCUGAACGAUGCUAAUUUCUGUGACAACGUGCUGUCUCGCAACACCACCAAGCAGGAGUGCUGCUGCACGGUGGGGUCCGGCUGGGGGGACGACUGUGAGAUCCACCCCUGUCCUGUCCCAGGGAGAGAGGAGUAUGACCAGUUGUGUCCACAUGGAAGUGGUCUUCUGCCCCAAGCUGUUUUCUCCCAGAGCCUGGAACAGCAGAGUUUCAAAGAUGUGGACGAGUGUAAGAUGUUCGGGCCAGAUAUCUGUAAGAAUGGCCGUUGCUCUAACAACUUCUCCUCGUACUCCUGCUUCUGCCGUACAGGCUUCUACUACGACAACAUCCGUCUGGAGUGUGUGGAUUAUGACGAGUGCCUGACAGAGAAGGCGUGUGUGGAUGGGGUGUGUGUGAACACUGCCGGCUCUUUUGACUGCUUCUGCAGUCCCCCUCUGGUCCUGGACACCACCCGCCGUCGCUGCGUCAGCGUCAACACCACCGAGGAGACUCAUGAGCCUGAGGAGAACAUCCACCUGGACAUCUGCUGGCAGGGCCUGGUAGAUGAGCGUAUGUGUGCCCAGCCGCUGAUCGGCAGGAGGACCACCUACACAGAGUGCUGCUGUCUCUAUGGAGUGGCCUGGAGCGAACAGUGUGCCUUCUGCCCCAGGAGGGACUCUGAUGACUACGCAGCAAUGUGUAACCUGCCAAGGAGAGGGGGAUCUGACAGUCUACGAGAGAGGCCAGGCUAUGAGUACGGUCCUGGGGUUGAGGGUCCUGAGGGGCCCUAUGUCCCCCCCUACUGGGACAACUAUGGAGGAGGGCCCAUCACUGGGCCUGGGGGUACCUACUACAACCCAGAGGACACCCAGGGCAUCCCCCUGUUCACAGACAACACCAACGACUAUGGCUCCCGAGAGGGAGACAUAGAGCCGCCACUACGUGUCCCUGUCCACCGGCCAAGAGAGUUCCAGCCUCGCCCUGUAGACUCAUACAAUGGCCGCUUUGAUGGCUUCGAGGGCCUGCGAGCAGAGGAGUGUGGCAUCCUGAACGGCUGUGAGAAUGGCCGGUGUGUGCGCGUGAGGGAAGGUUACACCUGUGACUGCUUUGAUGGAUACGAGCUUGACCUCACCAAAAUGGCCUGCAUCGACAUAAACGAGUGUGAGGAUAUCAGUGACAACGUGGCGCUGUGUAAGAACGGGGCCUGUACCAACACUGAGGGGUCGUACAAGUGCACCUGCCUGCCUGGCUUCCAGGCCUCUGCCAAGCCCCAUGAAUGCAUCCCAGAGGUACCAGUGGCUGGCUUUAGAGAGAGAGUGACAGGGAAAUGAGGGUGUGACUGUUGGAGCUUCUUCUCUCCUCCCUCCACCACCCCACACCCUUACCCUCACCCUCCCGCCCUCUCACAGGGCCUGGCACUAAACCUCCAUCAAAAAACACUGAAACGUCCACGCUUGUCCCCUAAAACACACACACACACACACACACACACACACACACACACACACACACACACACAUACACAUACACACACACACACACACACACACACACACACACACAUACACAAAUACUCAUUCACAUUUCCACAGGGGACCAGGAGCUAUCCAGUGAAUGUAUUCCAUGGGAUAUCCUAUUUCUUAACAUUUAUAUUUUGCUUAAAGGGAUUUUCUGAGGAGUGACCUUUUAUUCAGAGAUCCCAGGCAGUUUGGUAUGCAUACAUACAUUUUUUUCUGCAUUGUUUUUCUCCAUUUGUCUUUUUGGUUGAUUAUUUAUUUCAUGUACAUGA